AUGUCAACAUCAUCAUCCACACACGCUUCAUGGAACCAAUCAGCAUAUCCCAGUCCCACAUCUUCAUCCUCCAGCUCACGUCAACCUUCAAAAUCAACAUCGAUUCGAGAACAUGUGCAAGUCAUGGUUCGUUGUAGACCGCCAAGGUCCCAAAAAGAAUUAAGCGAAGAACCUUGCUGGGCGAUAAAUACGGAAGGCGGAUCAAUUGGCUUGGCUAGACCUUCCAAUAUAGCCGCUUUCAAUUAUGGUAAAUUCGCAAACAAUUCCCAAUAA